GAGCGGCCCCACCCAGUGCUGGGAGGUAACGCGCAGAGUAGAAGGCGCAGGCGGCGGGGUCGGCUUCCCUUCUCCAGGUACGAAGUUUUCCCGCACCUAGCUCCCGACUUUUCUGUUUUCAGCCGCGGAGACAGCUCGGGGCUGCAGACUUGAACCUUGCCAAUGGACCUGAUUGGUUUUGGUUAUGCAGCCCUGGUGACAUUCGGAAGCAUUUUGGGAUAUAAGCGGAGAGGUGGUGUUCUGUCUUUGAUUGCUGGUCUUUUUGUUGGAUUUUUGGCUGGCUGUGGAGCUUACCGUGUCUCCAAUGACAAGCGAGAUGUAAAACUGUCCCUGUUUACAGCUUUCUUCCUGGCCACCAUAAUGGGUGUAAGGUUUAAGAGAUCCAAGAAGAUCAUGCCAGCUGGGCUGGUUGCAGGUUUAAGCCUCAUGAUGAUCCUGAGACUUGUCUUACUGCUGCUCUGAGAAUCCGCAGGAACUGAAAACUAAAUUUGAGUCAUUCUGAUGUAAUGGGCAGAGCCUACUCUUUGUAUUGAAAAGACAAAUUCCAAUAUGGAAUGUUCACCGUGGUCUUAUUUUAUGGUAGAAACUGCAAAAGAAACACUGUCGCCUCUAAUAUGGACACUGGUUUGAGGGAUUUUUUUUUUUUUUUAAACAAAUGGUUUAACUGUUUUCUAAUUGUCAGGUACUGGUUUCAUUAAAGAUAUUUAAUAAAUCGUGAUAUACACUGUUUGAUUUGCUGUGUCAUGUGGUUUUUGUUUGU